AUGGGCACAAGGAUAUCAGAAUACAAGAUCUUGUGUUUUCAGCUAAAACCAGCCCUGAAGUGCAAGCAAGGACUCCGUCAGAUUUUCAUCUGUCCGAGACUCUGGAUUCGCAGGAUCCUUAUGCCAAAGAUAUCGCAUGCAUCGAGUCACUUAUUCCAGAACAGCCGAGAUCGCCGUAUUUCUCUGAUUUCCUCAGCUCCUUUCCCAAAUCUCCCUGGUGUUCUACCCAAUAGAUCACCAGAGUCUUUAUCAUAUGAAGAGGAGGUAACACGCUCUAUUCCAAAUGAAGCUAGUGUAGAAGAUCCAGAGAAUAUGAGCGAAGAAGACCACGCAAUGGCGGUGCUUAAUUCAAUUCCACCGGCUUUGAUGCCGCUUCCGGAAAUAUUAUUGAAUGUACCAUACUAUCGUCAGCUUUUACACUUUUGGAUCAAUGUGGCUUCGAAUAACUUGGUGCCAGCACCAUCCCACAUUUACAGAGAUAAUCCAUUCAAAGUCAUUUUGCCCCAGAUGGCCAUGCAUUACGACGGUAUCCUCACUACGAUUCUAGCAUUUUCUGCCAAAGUACGGCAGUCCUUGGACCCUAAUGGCGUCAGCCAGCAACCAAUUAUUGACCAGCUUCUUGGGCGAUCAUGUAACGAGCUUCUUCGACAGCUCCAAGAUAAAAACGAAGCUACGUCAGACAGCACGUUGGCUAUUAUUCUUCUAUUGUCAGGUUAUGAGACGGUUUCGUCCAACGACUUUGAGAAGCACAGGACACAUAAUAUUGGUGCUAGUGAAAUUGUAUCUGCCAGAGUUAGCAAAAUGGUUGGAACAGCAAACGAAGAUAGCACUGGUGCGCAGAUUCUGUCAUGCUUUUCUUUGUCACAUCUGCGAGACGAAAGUGAUAUUGCCUACUUCCUCAUGCGCUGGUUCGCUUAUAUGGAUAUUCUUGGGGCUCUUGCAGCUACUAAGGGCCGUGAUAAAUAUUUGCGAGCGUACAAGAACAGAGGGAAGUACUCUCCAGUUGAAAAUGUCUUUGCAAAUGAUACCAAUGGCACGUCCAGCACAGACCCAAAGAGAGACAUUGAUUACUUUGUGGGUUUCGAUACUAAACUUUUUCGCCAUUUUGUCAACAUUUCUUUGCUUAUUGACGAGGUCAACAGAUACUUGGCUGAGCCUGAUGCACGAGAGGAUGCGAUCCCACUGUACAUUAUAGCCAAUGGACUUGAAAUAAAGCUGCAGCUCAUGAAAGAUUAUGAGUACGGUGAAGAGCGAAGGAGCACCAUAAUGGACGAGCUUAUUGAAGCGAAGCUCAAAUUCAAAAAGCCUCCCAGUCCUACGAGCUCCAAAAACGUCAAGGAUUUGGUUCACGACGACAAUAUUUUACGUGCUACAAACAAGGUGUUUUUCGACGCCGCACUCAUGAAUCUUUAUCGGCGAGUUUUCAGACUCCCAAGAUCGUCAACUAUAGUCCAAGAUUUGGCUACAGAAAUGGCUGAGAUCUUGGAGUACGGCAUUGAACUGACAUCUCCUGCUGAAAUCUGUUCUAUUUUCUGCCACUUUUGUGCUGGAUGCGAGACACUAGAUCCGGAGAAGAGACAAUUUUACUUCAAUCGCUUUUCAAAGCUUUCGAUUGCGGGGAACAUCAACGCUAUGAAGAGUUUGCUAAUAAUGCAGAGAUGCUGGGAUACUGGAGAGGACUGGCUUACAGCCGCAAACGUUUUGGACAUUGAUGUUGUUCUCUUAUAA